AUGGCUGACAACAUCAUCCCAAGCUUUAAGGCCUCGGACCUGGUUAUCCAGCUGUCCUCCUCUCUAAAGAGAAAACCGGAUGAGUUCGACUAUGGGGCCGUCUUCACUGACCACAUGCUGACCAUAGAGUGGAGUGAGACUGAGGGCUGGCAGGCUCCAGUCAUCAAGCCCUUUGAGAACCUGUCACUCCACCCAGCCUGUUCAGCACUACACUACAGUGUACAGCUCUUUGAGGGAAUGAAGGCAUACCGUGGUGAUGACAACCAGCUGCGUCUCUUCAGACCGACGCUCAACAUGAGCCGCAUGUCCAACUCUGCCAAGAGAGCUUGUCUACCUGCCUUUGAUCAGUCAGAGUUUCUGGAGUGUAUCAGACAACUGAUAGAGGUAGAACAGGAAUGGGUUCCUCGCUCAGACUCUGUUAGUCUGUACAUCAGACCAACAUUUAUCGGCACUGAGCCCUCUCUGGCUAUAAUGAAGCCCGGCCAUGCCUUGCUGUAUGUGAUCUUGUGUCAAGUGUGCCCUUACUUCAACACCGAGACACAGGCCGUGUCCUUGUGGGCUGACCCAAAGUUCACACGGGCCUGGAAAGGAGGAACUGGAGACUGCAAGAUGGGAGGGAACUACGGAGGUGCUUUGUUCGCCCAGUACGAAGCAGAGGAUUAUGGGUGUCAGCAGGUGCUGUGGCUUUAUGGAGAGGACCAUCAGAUCACUGAGGCAGGAACCAUGAACAUCUUCCUGUACUGGAUCAAUGAGGAUGGAGAGGAGGAACUUGCAACUCCACCUCUGGAUGGUAUCAUACUCCCAGGUAUAACCCGACAGAGCGUCCUGGAACUAACCAGGAAAUGGGGUGAGUUUGAGGUGAAAGAGCGCUACCUGACCAUGGCCCAGCUGUGCUCUGCUAUAAAGCAACAGCGGGUCAAAGAGAUGUUUGGCUCGGGUACUGCCUGCAUGAUCUGCCCCAUAGGACACAUUGUUUACCAGGAAGAGAACUUGCACAUCCCCAGUCAGGAUAAAAACUCACAGUUGACUUCACGGAUUUCAAAAGAACUGUCAGAUAUACAGUAUGGACGCACACCCAGCGAAUGGACCUACCUGGUGUAG